AGUUUUCGUAGGAAUAUAACUAAACUACAUCAAAUUCUCAAACUUAAUGAAUGAGGCAAAAUCAAUAAGAACUGUGGCAACGUACUAGUAAGUGGUAAGUAAUUCUCUCAUUAAUUUAUCGAAAUCUUCCAUCGUAUGAGGAAAGAAAAUCCAAUUUUUUUCUCUUAGAAAAAAAAUGGAAAAAUUCAGAGAAUCAAGAAAAAAUGGGUUGUUAAUAACAGCAAUAUUAAUUGUUAUGAUGAUGAUAACAACAAAAACAAAGGCAAUAGAUACAAAUCCAGUGCAUGAUCCAUGUUCAGAUGCAAAGGUGCAAAGAUGGGAUGGUUUUACGUUUGCACUCGCAUUUUCGUCAAAGGAAUCGUUUUAUGCUCAAACUCCUGAUCAUGUUCAGUUAUCACCUUGUGAUAGUCGCCUUCAACUCGCUAACGUAGCUCAGGUCGCCGUUUUUAGGCCUCAGGUCGACGAGAUUUCCCUCCUCACCGUCAACUCCACCUCUAGUCCGGAUACAACGGGUGGAUAUAUGGUAGCCUUUGCCGGAAGAGCAUAUGCUGCAAGAUCAUUGCCCGUUUUUGUUGCAGAUGGUAACAUUACUAUAACUACGUUUUCUCUGGUACUCGAAUUUGAAAAGGGUACUCUCCAAAAUUUGUACUGGAAAACAUUUGGGUGUGAUUCGUGCAAGAAUGAUCAAGUAUGCCAUGAAAACCAACAGUGUGCAGUGCAAAGUUCAAUGUGCAAAGAAAAAGGAGGCUCCAUAGAUUGUACAAUUAGCAUUCAACUAACAUUUUCAGGCACAGAUAAAAAUGGUGAGGUACUUAACUCAUGGUAUGAGUUGAAGAAUAUGAGACGUUUCUCCCUUUUCAGCCUCUUUGCUGGUCUUCAGAAUACAUUUACUAAUGGUCUCUUAUAAGUUAUAAGCUUACAUUCAAGUAGAACGAACAUAUAUAUACUAUGUAUCAUGUAUGUACGGUGUUGUAAGAACAUUUGUUGUAAUACUUAUAUAUAGAACUAACUUUUUACUAUAGCA